AUGACAAAUGUUCGUUCCUUCAUGAGAACUUUUUUGAGCUCAUUUGAGUCAAUCACUGCGAGGAAAGUCAUUUCCAGCCUUGAAUCCACACUUCGCAAAAUGAAGACAAAGCUUGAAGUGGUUCGUACUAGCCUCCAAACCAACAACGUUGAGCUUAAUUCCUCCAUUUCAUCAAAGAUUACAAAGCUUCAAGAUGACUUGGCCACAAAGAAUAAAAUAAUUGAUGCUCUCGUAGUGAAAAAUGGAAAAGAUUGGAAGGUGUUUCGAAAUCAUGCUCAAUUCCAAAACAAGGGGAGAAAAUGUUGUGAAGCUAUCAAGAAGGAAAACCCCAAACCGACUGUCAAGCCUACUGUUAAGCCAAAGAAAGACAACAAACUGAAGGAUAAUGUAGCUUCGGAUUCAAAAGGCAAGGAAAAUCUCAAUGAAGAACCAAUAAUUGAUGAUAGUGAAGAAGAAGAGCAUGACGGACACGAGCUUAAAAGAAGAAGAGGUCGUGAAGAUCAAAUGGAUAAGCACCAACGAAUCAUUCGUGAGGUAGAAGAAAAAGAAAGUGUUGAACAUGAAUCUAAAGUCACACUGGAAAGUCCAAAGCUUUUGUUCCCAGUGUUGACUUUGGAGCAUAUAAUGAGCGAGGUUGUAGAUCUUCCAAGCUAG